CAGCUGAGCUCUCCUAAUCAUUUAUCUGUGGGACCGGCUGCAGACGCACGCACUCCUUCACCUGCUGCUGAAAACCGAGCAAACAUGUUCUGCAGACGAGCAUGGCAGAGAGUCGGGCCGCUGGCAAAGAGGCUUUUCAAGCCAGCAUCCAACAACGCCACUCCGGUGCGACACAUGGCCUUCGGCGUUCCUGGAGGUUCCACCAACAUGACAUACAUUGUUUUGUGUGGAGGAGGCCUCACUGCUGCAGUCGUCUAUGCGUACAAAACGGUCAAUGGUGAUAGUGAGCGUUAUGAGGACAGACUCGCCAACAUGGGCUCUAAGGCAAAAGCUCCAGCUGAGGCUGAACCAGUGGCAGAAGUUCCUGCAGCUGAACCCGCUCCAGUAGAAGAGGAGGCCGUGCCAACCGCUGAAGUAGUCGAGUUUGUUCCUGCAGAACCAGUGGCAGAGGUCUCAGUCGAACCUGCCGCUGAGGCUGCACCUGAAGAAGCAGUCUUCCUGGCGUCUGAGGUUACUGAAGUGGCUACUGAAGCUGCAGCUGAGCCUGCGGCCACUGAGGAAGCCGCUCCCCCUGUGGUGGAAGAAGCGGCUUCUGAAGCUGCUGCAGAAGUCGCUGUCGCCGUGGAGACGCCAGCCGAGGUUCCUGCAGCAGAGAGCGCUGGUACGGCAGCAGUAGAUGAAGCAGAGACUGUCCCUGCAGCCCCUGAGGCUGAGGCUGCCCCUGCUGCAGAGGUGGCAGCAUAAAGCUGUGAUGGCUCGAUAGUUGACCCAGAAAAAAGGGCUAGAAGUUCGAUGUGUUGUGUCCCUAUUCCCUUGCCUCAGGAAAAAUGAGUCAUGAAUCCCCCCCCUCCCUUUUUUUAAAAAAGGGUAAGCGGCAGCAGGAUUUGAUAAGCAGUUUAUAAAAAUUCAUUAAGGGUUCAUCGGUCCAGUUUUCAAGGUUCUUCCUUCCCUUUCCUGAUCAUUCAGAUCCAAGUAGCAUCUGGCAUUAAUCCUUGACAUGGGAUUCAGUUUCAAAUGCAGUUUAUAAAAUGUUUAGUCAUACCCACACCAUACCAAAUCCAAACUAUGGUUUGCCUACAGAAAAGGGAUUAGUGUUGACCAAGGCGAUAAGGGAUAGAACCAAGUUGCUAACUAUUUCUGUUGAGAAAGAUAUUUUAAGUGGCCUUAAAACAGGACCAUAAUGCAAGUUGUUCCUUAAGCUGUCUAAAACCUUCAGUUGUGAACUAGUGCAGGAGAUUUCUGAUGUUCAGCCUUGUUUCUCAGUAUUUACUGUCUCACUGUGAAGUGACCUAAAUCCAGUUUUCUGUUCUAGACUACAGCUUUUAUAAUCUUGUUUUCACACUAUUAUCAGUAAGACGUGAAAAUAUUUGUAGUUUUUUUUUUCUUUUUUUUUUUUUUUCUUUUUUUUUUUGGGAUGUUCAGUUUCAUUUUCCUUUGCACACUCCAAUGUUUCCCUAAUCUGCAUUUGAUUAACAGCGACGCCAACCUUCCCUCAUUUAAUUUAUCCACUUUCAAGCCAUUUUUCUUUGGUACGUGUUGGAUGCUGCUGAGGCUUUUAUUACUGUGUAACUUUCAUCUUUCAGUGGCAUGACCUCAACAAGAAACGUAUCUGUUUGGGCAUUAAAUGUUAUGAAUAACACAAAGGAUUAAAAGAACUGAACAUCAGUAGAUGAUGAUGAUGAUGAUAAUAAUAA